CUGUUCCUUCGACAAAAUGCCGGGACGCGAUCACAAGAAUUCCCUCACCCUGGAUGUUGACGCGUGUAGUUACACUUCCGUGGGGCGUUCUUCCAUCACCUCCACCCCGGUCAGCCUGGCUAGCGUCGAGAGGACCUGGAACUUCCGCAUCAACUACCCGCCUGAGGAGGGCGGGCGCAGGAAACCCGCGACUAUCGGCACGGUUAUCGUGCUGCUGUUCCUGGUGGUGAUGAUCACGGUGGCCGUCAUGGUGGCGACGGGAGGACAGGACAAGCAGCCGCCGGAGGAGGGGAGCAGGCGAUGUCUGUGCGAUCAGGGGUGUAGCCUUUCCUACGUAGAGACACUCCCUGGCGGCGUGACGUUCCGGCAGAACUCUUCACGUCUGCCGAGGACUUCCGACAGCUGGCUGGAGGUCCUGAGGUCCGCCCAGAGGACGCUAGACAUCGUGUCCUCUUCGUGGGGCCUGCUGGCGGGGAGCGACCCCGUUCAAAACGACACGGACGUCACACAGGGCCAUCGCCUGUGGCAGGAGCUCAUCUCUGCCGGGUCGACCCGCAGCGUCCGGAUAAGGAUCCUGUAUGACGACAGAGUAGCCUCGCCGUCAGAACUCAGCACGUUAGUACGGCGGGGGGUGGCCACGGCCAGGGGGGUCGCUCUGGACAAUCUGCUGAAGAAACAAAGUCGUGUCCAUGGCAACCUGAUUGUGGCGGACGAGAAAACUUUCUACUUGGGAAGCGCCGCCUUUUCCUGGAGAUCUUUGUCACAGAGAAAGAACUUUGGAGUUGUGGUGUCUAACUGCACGUGUUUAGCACGUGACGUGACCCAGGUGUUCUCCAACCUGUGGGAACUUGCGGCUUCAGGAACGCAUGUGCAGAGCGUGGCCCGCCCCAUGCACCUGUGCCUAAACCAGCAGCACAACGUCACGGCUUCAGUCACGGUCUCUCCGACUGUGUUGGACCCAGGAAACAACAGUUCAACGCUGGGCGCCGUGCUGAAGGUCAUCAACAGCGCGCGGGAGUACCUGGACAUAUCCGUCAGGGACUACCUGCCUUCUUCACGCACAGACGGCCUUAGUUACUGGCCGGUACUUCAGGAGGCGUUGAGCAGAGCUACACUAUCACGGGCGAUACAAGUGCGCCUCCUUGUGAGCGCAUGGAAAAACACACCUCCGGACAUGUUCGGCUAUCUACAAUCCCUGUCAAACCUACAUGGGCUGGGCGGGGGUCACAUUCACGUGAAAUUGUUCAACAUUACUGGGUCUGAUGGCCAAACUCCCAGCGGCCCAAACAAUAGCAGAUAUGUGUAUUCUGAAGACAGCAUAUUUAUUGGGACGUCUGACUGGACCAAGGAUGACUUUGAGGAUAACAUUAGUUUUGGCUUGCUGCUUAAUCAUACUGCCUUGGGUUUCUAUGGUAACACAAAGUACAACAACAUCCACCAGCAACUGAAGGCUGUGUUUGAGAGAGACUGGAACUCUGACAGUGCGUACCCACUCUGACAGCUGAAUCAGAUGUAAUGUUACAUGUCAGUACAGGCACUGGCAGUGGUGUUGUCUACAAAUACUUCACAUUCAUUCAAAUCCCUUUGCAAGUUAUUUCACUUUAUUUAUCUAUCUUUAUUUGAU